UUUGACUUCAGCUGAAAGAAGGGAAUCAAAACAAUCAGCUCGAUCAAAGUCCUUCCGUUCAUACUUUUAGUCAAUUUGCAUUUCUACCGCAAGCAACGAAACAAUCUCAACUAGUAAGCUUUUAGUAUAACUUGCAGAACUACCUCAUCACUGCCCACAUGAUGUUCGCCGUUCGAAUUGCCUCCCGAAUGGGCCAGCGCGUCCGAUCGCGUUCCAUCGCCAGCCUGUCGGCACUUCCGGAUACGCACCAGAUGCUGCAGAAAACCUGCCGCGAUUUUGCGGACAAUGAGCUGGUGCCGAAUGCGGCCCGGUUCGAUCGGGAGCACCUUUACCCGGCCGAGCAGAUCCGCAAGAUGGGUGAGCUCGGGCUGAUGGCAAUCUCGGUGAAGGAAGAGUACGGCGGUACCGGUCUGGACUACGUCGCGUACGCCAUCGCGAUGGAGGAAAUUUCGCGCGGAUGCGCCUCGGCCGGUGUCAUCAUGUCGGUAAACAAUUCACUGUACCUGGGACCGCUGACGCAUUUCGGCAACGAACAGCAACAACAAAAAUACGUCGCCGAGUACACCGAUGGGUCGCGGGUCGGUUGCUUUGCCCUGUCCGAGCCGGGCAACGGAUCGGAUGCGGGUGCCGCCUCCACGACGGCCACGCUCAAGGGCGACCACUGGGUGCUGAACGGUACGAAGUGUUGGAUCACGAACGGGUACGAGGCCGGUGCGGCCGUCGUGUUUGCCACCACGGACAAAUCGCUCAAGCACAAGGGCAUUUCCGCGUUCAUCGUGCCGAAGGAGACGCCCGGCUUUUCGCUCGGCAAGAAGGAGGACAAGCUGGGCAUCCGGGGCUCCUCCACCUGCUCGCUCAUCUUCGAGGACUGUGCGAUCCCGAGGGAGAAUCUGCUCGGCGAGCCGGGUUUCGGGUUCAAAAUCGCGAUGCAAACGCUCGACGCCGGACGGAUCGGAAUCGCGAGCCAGGCGCUCGGCAUUGCGCAAGCGUCCCUGGAGUGUGCCGUCGAUUAUGCCAACAAGCGCAUCGCGUUCGGCAAGCCGAUCGCGAAGCUGCAGGCCAUCCAGACGAAGAUCGCGGAUAUGGCCACCCGGCUCGAGGCGGCACGCCUGCUAACGUGGCGAGCGGCUUGGCUGAAGGACAACAAGAAACCGUUCACGAAGGAGGCAGCACAGGCGAAGCUGGCCGCUUCCGAGGCGGCCACGUACUGCGCGCACCAAUCGAUCCAGGUGCUGGGCGGCAUGGGAUACGUGUCGGAUAUGCCGGCCGAGCGGCACUAUCGCGAUGCGCGCAUUACGGAAAUUUACGAAGGCACGUCCGAAAUUCAGCGACUCGUCAUUGCGGGUGCCGUUAUCAAGGAGCUGACGGCGUAGGCGGAGUGGGAAUGUGUUGAGUGAGUGUGCAAUCAGUGUUGAAAGUUUUUCUUUCUCCUUUUGGAAGUUUUUUUGUUUGAGUAGAAGAUGUGUAAAAAUAAAAUUUAAAUUAUAAAAAAAAA